GAGAGAGGACACAUACACUCUUCUCCUGCUGAACAUACUGCUGUUACAUAUUCUACUCUACAUCCAAAAAGAAAACACCAUUCAAGUUGAACAAUUCCACCAUGGCUUCACCAGGGGAGAAGGCUCUCCUCCUCCUCUUCCUAGUCCAUGCAGUCUCAGCCCUCUACCCAGAUACAAUGUCACCGAUGUCUCCCAUGAUGCUUGACCCUGACCCCGCGACCCCAGGCUUCCCAUCUCCACCCGCUCGCUUCCAAGACAUGGCCAAGAAACUGAUGAUGAGAUGCCUGCAAAUGGGACACCUGUUACCCAUGACGAUGGACAACCCCUUUAAUAACAGUGGGGUGCAAAUGGAAGACAGCAUGUCUCGUCCCAACCCUCUCUCCCACUUCCACUCUCUCCUCACCUCCCUCUCUGCUGAGGAAACAGAUACCUACUCAGACACAGACAUGGACUCUGCUUCCCGCUUCUAUUUCCAGCCCAAUAGCACCAUGAAAUACCCUGACUCUGACCGUGAACGGAACGUGACAAAGAGGAUGUGGAACUGUUCCAGUCUACCAAGCUUCAUUGAGCACAUGAGGAACUCUUCGGCUGGUCCCCAGUGUUUCCUGAGAGCGUUCAUCGCCCCCCUCUCUUGGGAUGCCCUGAUGAUGAAGGGUGGAGACGACAUGGAACCAGAGGAUUAUGGGAGGCUGGUGUGGGCCGCUAAACCCCUCCUACAGAACAUGCCCCCACUACAGAUGACCCUGCCUCCCUGGAUACAGAACCCCCACCUGGAAGAGAUGAUGAAGAUGCUGGGAGAGGUGUUUGGGUCUCUCUCUGAGGAGCAGCGUGUUCAGAUCAGAGAGUGGGCCAAGGAGCGGGUGGCCCAGAACAACUACAACUGCAGCCACACUGCUGCAGCCUGGCGCCCCAGACCCAUACCAGAACAGAAACCAGGACAGACACACAGACCAGAACAGGAACCAGGACAGACACACAGGCCAGAACAGAAACCAGGACAGACACACAGACCAGCACAGGAACCAGGACAGACACCUAAACCAGAACAGGAGCCAAGACAUACACUCAGACCAGAAGUAGGACAGAACUGGCCUGCUAGACCACCACAGCCUGAUAUGACAGUAAUGCCCAGCCCCUGUCCUCCCAGGCUGCUGUGGCUGAAGAUGGAUGUGAUGAAGAUGAUGGGGCCCUUCCUUUCCGGGCUGCCCAUGGACGACAUCCAAACCAUCCCCAACGACCAGCUGUGUCCAUUCUUCCAUUCACCCCAGUUCCCUUCCUCCUUCAGAGGGGUGGGGGGGCUCCCUCCUCUUCAGGGCAGAAAGAUACUCCAGAAGAUCAGAGAGUGUUCCCAGAAGAGAGGGGACUUGGUCCAGAACCUGGACAGACUGGGCUCGCUGGCAUGUUUCUAUGAUGACGCCCCAACCCUAAACUCCUCCAUGAGCCGGCUCCUCCUCUCUCAACUUGAUGACUGUAGCAACUCUGGAGUCAACAAGCUGAAGAAGAAGCUCGUCAACACUGUGAUGUCAUCAUCUGUGGAUGAUUCCAGUCCUGAGCUGCUGCGUGCGCUGGGUCCCGGUGUUACGCUGCUUUCCCCUUUCCAUCUCUCCCAGUUCUCCCCCGACGCCCUCAAGGACACCCUGAUGUCACUGGGGUCAGAGGUGAAGUGGGGUCUGACCCAGGCCAAAACACUGGCCAAUAAACUACUGCAGGGGAAGCAGGAGGUGUCUGGUAAGGAGUUAAUGUCUCUGGGUUCAGCUGUGACGGGCGUGGCCUCCUCUGUCCUCAGGAAGGUCAAAUCCCAGGGGCUUCUGGGUAAUGAGGGUCUGGACAUGAUGAGUCAAAAGAUGACCAGUCUACAGAGAAAAGCAUUGUUGGAGGGGCUGCUUGGGGAUGUGAAUGCCUCAGAGCUGAUCCAGAAAGUCCCUGCCUCUCUGCUGUCCAGCCUAUCCCUGACCAGCCUGGACAAGGCUAACCUGACCUCCCUCGACCAACUGGAGGGCAAGCAGUGGACACGUGCACAGUCGGCCUUUCUGGUCAGAAAUAUCCUAGGCAAGAAGAUGACACUUACAGACAUGCGGAAGCUGGGCUCGGCGAUGCAGGGCGUGUCCUGUGAGAUGAUUGAAAAGGUGGCUGAAAGUGGCGUCCUGGAGAUGGCCCAAGCUGUGACAGAGACUCCACGCUGGCUCUCUAAGACACAGGUGUGCUGUACUGCACAGAGUCUGUUUGCAGGUUUGGAGAAAAAGAGAGCAGGCUACUUCAACAACAUCACAGACACAGAGCUGGAGGAGAUCCCCACCCUGCUACUGCUUCACCUGCCGGCUGAGAAGAUAGCCAGUCUACCUGCCUCUGUAUGUGCUGUGUUCAUGAAGAAGAUGAAAGAGGCCAACCUGAGUUCUUUGCCUCUCACCUCUCGCUCUCGCCCCACACUGACCAACAGAGCUCUGAACUGCCUGGGGAGGAACAUGUCAAAGUUGUCCAGUGAGGAGGUGUUGAGUCUGGGGUCGCUGCUGUGUGAGCUGGCCCCCUCUCAGAUGUCCCUCCUGGCCCCUGAGGUCCUCAACUCCAGCGUGCAGGCCCUGGCCUCCUGCAAACAGAUUCCUCCACGCCACUGGAGGGCGCUCUUCCAGCUGCUCAAUGAUACAUAUGGUGACCCGUCUGAUUGGACAGCUGACACCAUCAAAUCCCUGGGUCCUCUCCUCCUGUUGGAUGAUUCUGCUGUCCGCUCACUGCGCUUUAAGUCGUGGCUGAAAGAGACUCUGUCUGACCUGAUGGACAGCCUACCCAGCCCUCCGGUCCCUAACCCUCCUCAGGAGUUUAGUAGGGGUCCGGACCUCUCAGCCCUGCGAUGGAAACUCUUCUCUCUCUCCACCUCCACAUCUGAAGUAAUGCCCAUGCGCAGGAGGAGAGCAGUUCUCCCUCAGGGGGAGGUGGGCCUUACUGUGUCUCUGUUGGAGGAACUGGGCGGAGCCAAUGUCUACUGGAGCCCAGCCCAGCUCUCCAAGAUGGACGCCGGCACAAUCACCGCUGCCGUGGAAACGCUGGGGGAGGUCCUUGAUUACAGUGCCGAGCAACUAGUGGUGCUCAGAGAGAAGGCCAUCCAGGCCUGGGGUCCAGUGUCAGGUUUGAAUGAGAGCCAGGUGCUCCAGCUGGGCUGUGUCUCUCAGGGGUUCAACCUCACUGAGCUGGCCAGCCUCCCCUUCUCCUCCCUGGACACUCUGGAGACACUUUCCCGCUGCUCCUGGACACAACCACAGAGGGAGGCUGUGUGGAGGGGUUUUGUGGAGCGUAUUAAUGAGACAGUGGGAGAACUGGGAGCUGUGGAGUUGGUGGGACUGGACCAGUUCAUCUGUGGUCUGAACACUGAGGAGACUGGUCAACUCAACACUGAUGCCUUCAGGUCAGACAUGGACAGUGCGUGUGUGUGUUUGCGUGAGCUUGUUUUUAAAUGUGUUAUAUAUCUCUAUAGGGAGGCAGUACAGUCGGUGGGCGAGGUGCAGUGCCCCCUGGCAGUAACAGAGCUUCUGAAGCAGCGUGCGGUGGCUGUGUUUGGAGAAACACAGGGAUGGACCGAGGCUCGGGUCAACUCUCUGGGCAACAUCAUGGCUGGUUUGAGUUUGUCAGAGUUUCUUUCUCUCAGUCCCUCUGCCUUCUCAUUCCUCAGUCAGACCAGCGUUCCCCUCAUCCCCCCAGACCGCCUCGCUGCACUCUCAACCAGCCAGCUGAAGGCCCUGGGUCCUGACAAUGCUGCCAUGGUAACCAGUGCACAGUGGGCAGUGCUGGGGGAGGCACAACGGGCCGCUCUUGGCAAUGCUCUGGGUGUGGCCUACGACCGAGUGGCCUAUGACCGUGCAGAACCGACUACAAACCCACCCAGAAACCUGCCCCAACUCUCAGGAGCAUCUAUGCUGGGAACUCUGGGAGUUGGAGUCUUUAUGCAGCCCUUCUUGUCCCUACUGCUGGGGUUUGUCCUGUAGUGAAACUACACAUCCAAUAGACAUGCAUGACAUAUGGAACUACUCAUGCAUGUGUUGAACAAGAAGAGAGAUGGUCAAUAAUAUGGCAUAUUUUAACACAUUUAACAGUAACAAAUAACUUUAUAUCCUGCUUCUUUAAAAAAAUAACUAUUCUAGAUUAAGCCAGCGCAGGCCUUGAGCACAUCAAAGCAGAUACCUGUGACAAUGUAAAAGCACUUAAGAUAUUUUUAUUCUAUUUGUUAAAGAAAUAUGUAUCUUUCUAUAUCUUUGUUGCAAUGGUGGGUCUCUUCUAGUAGGGCAACGCUGGAGCAUGUAAUGAUGUGUGAGUCGGUGUUCUGCAUUGGUUGUUUUCUGAGAGUUGGGAUCAUAAAACGAGGAUUAUGGGUGCUAAUCCAGUGCUGAUCAAAUUGGAAGUGGAAGACUAAGUUAAUAAUAAAGAUUAUGAACCUA